CCAAUGCACAAAUUAGCUUGGACGUUCUCAGUGCAGCCAGUCUGAUGUGAGCAAGCAGGGCUUUCACAAUGUCUACCUUUCUGCUGGUCGUGGGUGCUGUUGUAGGAAUCGCCUACCUUUUUCGUCAUAUUGUGGUGAAGGGAAAGCAGUGCACCAGUAAAGCAAGGCUGGUUGGGAAAACUGUGAUUGUGACCGGCAGCAACACAGGCAUUGGGAAGUCUACUGCCAUAGAUCUGGCAAAAAGAGGAGCCAGAGUGAUUCUGGCCUGUCGCAGUGUGCAGAGAGGACAGGCUGCUCUUGAGGAGGUCAAGAGGGAGAGUGGCAGUAACCAGGUGGUGUUCAUGCCGUUGGAUCUGGGGAGUCUGAAGUCUGUCCGCAGCUUUGCUGAAAACUUCCUGAAGUCUGAACCUAGACUGGACAUCCUCAUCAACAAUGCAGGUAUUUUCGUACAGGGUCGAACAGAGGACGGACUGGGGAUGAUGUUUGGCGUCAACCACAUUGGUCACUUCCUGUUAACCAACCUGUUGCUUGACCGGCUGAAGGAGUGUGGACCCAGCAGGGUGGUCAGCGUGUCGUCUAUGGGACACAACUUUGGAAAAAUUAAUUUUGAUUGCCUGAACACCCACAAAGCUCUGGGAAUUGGGACCUCAUCCAUGGAGGUUUUCCAGUUCUACUGCGACAGCAAGCUGUGCAACGUCCUCUUCACCCACGAGCUGGCCAAAAGACUUAAGGGAACCAAGGCCACCUGCUACAGCCUCCACCCAGGAGCUAUCAACUCUGAGCUGGCAAGGAACACUAGCUCAGUACUGCAAAUGCUCCUGAAGCCAAUGACUGCGUUCUUCUGGAAAAACACCGUCCAGGGAUCCCAGACCACCCUGCACUGUGCCCUCCAAGAGGGGAUUGAACCGCUCAACGGACGUUACUUCUCCAACUGCACCGUGAGAGAAUUGUACGCUAAAGCAAAGGAUGACGCUGCAGCAAAGAAGCUGUGGGAGCUCAGUGAGAGACUGUGUGGACUCGCAUAAAAAGCUUUCCAUCUAAUGCCUGAUGUUGGGUUGGCAUUGUUUCUCUUAAACAUUAAUAAUGAAAUGGUGACACAUACAGGGAAAAGGUUAGCUUGCGCCUUGCGUGUGAGAUUAGUCAAGUAAUGUAAGGUAAAGGUUGGUCAAGCCCUUCCAUGCCAUUGGCUUAAUGACAAAGAGAACCAGUCUGACUAUCUUGGAGUCACCAUGACUCAGCAGUUUUUACAGCACUGUGUUUUCAUUCUUUGGAUUUGUUCGCAUACUGUAAUCAUACGAUGUGUACUCACAGAUAAGGUUAUAAAUGCUUCUGCAACAGCUUGUUAAAAUGCAAUAAAUCCCUUUUUUUUCAUUUAAAUGUAUUAAAGUUAUUGAUGCCCAAUGUAAAUAAAAAUGGGACUGCAUGAGAUGGUUUA